GUCAGGAAGAGCUUGCACUCCAGCUUAGCGUUCAGUUAGGCACAGACGCUCUCUCUCUCUCCUCUCUCUCUCUCUCCCCCUCUCUCUCGCCUUGGUUUCUUUUGGACGUUUAGGUGCAGCCUAACAAAACAAUAAGCAGCCAUGGAUGCCAUCAAGAAGAAGAUGCAGAUGCUCAAGCUCGACAAGGAAAACGCCUUGGACAGAGCAGAGCAGGCCGAGGGAGACAAGAAGGCAGCGGAGGACAGAAGCAAACAGUUAGAGGAUGAUAUGAGAGAGUUGGAAAAGAAAUUGCGCGUUACCGAGGACGAGAGAGAUAAACUGUUUGAGGAGUUCCAGACAGCCGAGGAAAAGCUGCUGAGCGCCGAGGAGGUCGCCACCAAGCUCGAGGACGACCUGGUAGCUCUGCAGAAGAAGCUGAAGGGAACCGAGGAUGAGCUGGACAAGUACUCCGAGGCUCUUAAAGAUGCCCAGGAGAAACUUGAGCUGGCUGAGAAGAAAGCCACCGACGCUGAGGGCGAUGUCGCUUCCCUUAACAGACGUAUCCAGCUGGUUGAGGAGGAGUUGGAUCGUGCUCAGGAGCGUCUGGCCACUGCCCUGACCAAGCUGGAGGAGGCUGAGAAGGCUGCUGAUGAGAGCGAGAGAGGCAUGAAGGUCAUUGAGAACAGGGCCAUGAAGGACGAGGAGAAGAUGGAGCUGCAGGAGAUCCAGCUGAAGGAGGCCAAACACAUUGCUGAGGAGGCUGACCGCAAAUAUGAGGAGGUUGCCCGUAAGCUGGUGAUCAUUGAGGGUGACCUGGAGCGCACAGAGGAGCGUGCUGAGCUUUCAGAAGGCAAAUGCUCUGAACUUGAGGAAGAGCUGAAAACUGUGACCAACAACCUGAAGUCACUGGAGGCCCAGGCCGAGAAGUACUCACAGAAGGAGGACAAGUAUGAGGAGGAGAUCAAGGUCCUCACCGACAAGCUGAAGGAGGCUGAGACUCGUGCUGAGUUUGCUGAGAGAUCAGUAGCCAAGCUUGAGAAGACCAUUGAUGACUUGGAAGAGAAACUGUCACAUGCUAAAGAAGAGAACCUUGAUAUGCACCAGAUGCUGGACCAGACUCUAAUGGAACUCAAUAACAUGUGAAGUGUCCCCCCUCCCCUAUUGUACACACAUGCAUUCACACAACACUGUGGUUUGGGCUUUUUGUACUCACGCCUUGCUUGAUAUAAAGCCUCGUUCCAUCCUUGGUUGGGAAAGAGAACAUACAGCCAGAUGCGAAUCUUAUUACACCAUCUUUCCUUCAAUGGAACCUGAUCUAGUAGCAAAGCACGAUGGAAGGUUUCAAAUUCUUCUCUUAAAGAAGCACAAAACGAGAAACUUUUUUUUUUUUGCAAGCUAAUUUUAUUCAUGCAAUGUCUCUGUUUUGCAGCCAUCAAUAUAUCAUUAAGCUUUAAGAAUUUUGACAAAUUACCUAGUGAUAUGACGAGCCAUUUGUUACAAAUUUUGUUUUACAUCCUUGUUUCAACCUGAGCCCAUAUCACACAGGUGUAUUAAAGAACAAAGUGGAUAAAUUUUGCACUUAAUUUUAAUAUCGCCUGCCUCCCACCCCACCCCAAGUUUUCUCAAAAGUAUACUAUGGAUGUCUUAUGUGUACUGGUGCUACUGUAUCGAGCAGUUUGAGAAAACCUUUUGGAGGGGUCUAAACUCCAUGUUGUCUUUGUCUAUUUUAAUCUGGUGCCAACAUGUACUAUUGGUUAGAAGAGGACUUUCCUCAUACCAAAAUGUUGUUUUUUUUUCCUUUUUCUCUUGAAUUAGAUCUCAGUACCAUGUAUGACCUCGCCUUGCCAACACCUUCCACUCGUCUGUUUGAAAUCCGUUUCAAUUUUCAUCUGACCUUAAAGUUAUGAUUUCAGUCAUAUGGUUGUGCAUUAUUUCUUUUUACCAUUAUUUUAUUUGUGGAUGUUUCAAAUGUAUAUCGUAUCUGAAAUGUAAAAACAAAGAAUUUAAAUAAAUAAAAGCACAUAUUUGAGAUUUUCUAA